AACAGGCAGUCAACAUACCAUCUCAGCACUGUUACUUAACAUACAGAAUUCAUUGCUGGAGGUGCCAAAGCACAAGAUCUUGGAACAGAACUCUAACGACUGGUUGUCAGGACCUUGAGAAGAAACUUGCCUUUCACAAUAGAUUUCUCCAGAACAUCUGCUGAAAUGUCAUAUGAGGUAGCUUGCACUGGAGACUGCCAUUAAUGGACAGCUGGCCUGAUUAUGAUGCAGACUUCAGAGUUCCUGUAUUUGUAAUUUAAAUAUACAACUCUAACAUGAGACAUAACUUCAAAGGAAAAUAAUUUCUACAAAUAACAUCAGAUGUAAUUUCUGCAAUUCAUCCUGUCAUUUUCAUGUUGGUGAAUCUCUCAUGUACCUUCAAGACAAGCUGAAAGUGUAGUCUGCCUACUCUCAGGAAGCACGUGAAGGUUGUGACAAUUCCUCAAUGGAGAAGGUGUUAAAAACUGUUUGUGCUACUAUGGUCACAUGGAGACGAAAUAGUUACCUAUUGAGACCCUCAAGGAACUGUUGGGCAAAGUGAUGGAAGUGAAGAGUUUGAACCAACCUUCAACACCCAACCGCUUCAACAUGGCGGCAGCUGAAUCUGACAAGGACUCUGGAUAUUCAGAUGGAAGUUCAGAGUGCCCAAGUGCCAUGGAGCAGACUGACUCGGAGGACGCGCUGAACGCAUUGUGUUGGAAUGCAGAGGAUGGGUCUUGGCAAUGCCCGGUGACCAGAAGCAGCUCCUUUCCUGCGCUUUCUCCUAUGGUUGUAAUGAAAAAUGUGCUAGUUAAGCAGGGGAGUUCAUCACAACUCCAGUCUUGGACUGUGCAGCCAUCCUUUGAAGUGAUUCCAGCUCAGCCACAAUUAGUGCUUCUUCGUCCAUCAAUUCCACCUCCUAUGAACCCUCAUGCUGUCGGGAAGAAGAGAAAUGACUCCGCUGAUUACCUGCCCAUCCUGAAUUCUUACCCCAAAAUAGCACCACAGCCCUGCAAAAGAGAUCACUCCUUUGAUUUGGAAGAACGUCAGGAAACCAAUUGCCAUAAACGACUUUGCACAGAAGCACCCAAGAUGGAGACUUCUCCCAUAUCAAAGAUCACAGGCUUGCCCACUAGUCCUUUUGCCCACCUACCAGUUAGCUUUAAGACUUCCCAGGAUUCUACCCAGCAAAAUUCUUCAGCUGUGGCGACAAGUGGAAAACGGUCAGCUCUUCCUGGUUUUCAUCAUGUUUCCAGUGACACUCAGAAACUGCGGGGUUUGACUCCUCUUUUGCCUUUUGGAACUCUGCAGGCAACAAAGUGCACCCCUCGUGAGAGCGAGAGUGCAGCACAGACUGCAGUGCAGUCUACUGCCUGGAGCCCCCCCUUGAUACCAGAUGAGAUUUGUGCUACCCCAGAGUUGCUCUUGCAACAACAAAGCAAAUGCAGACGCUUUCAGAAUACACUUGUUGUGCUACGCAGGUCAGGGCUGCUGGAGAUCACUUUAAAAACCAAGGAGCUCAUUCAUCAGAACCAGGUGACUCAGGCUGAGCUGGACUUGCUGAAGCACCAAACACAGCUUUUUAUAGAGGCAAUAAAGAACAAUGCUCCACAGUCAUGGGCAAAGCUAGAAGCAUCUCUAACAGGAUCUGAUAAAGCUGAUAGCAACCUUGAAGAUCCAUCUUAUCCCAAUAUGUAGUAAAAAGGUACAUAGCUCUUCAUCAAGCUGUUUCCGUGCCUCCUAUUUCCUGUCUCAAGCUUUUCCUUGAGCAUUUUUGAGUCCAGGACUUGCAAAGUGGCAUGCCAUUAACAGCCUGUCUUCAGAACCAGUUACAGAACUGGAAUAGCGUGGGAGGGUCUUGACAGAGGUGGUACUUGCUAUUACAGUGUGACCUUGAACUCCACGCUAACUCUGUGUACUUCCUUGAACUCAAGCUCUGGUGAGUGUGCUCUGCUGGCAUGUUGCCAUUCUUGCAGUGAAAGGACAGUCAUUUGCAGUAUUCUGCAAGCAAGCAUCUUCCUGUUCCCAUCUUCAGAUAGUCAGUUCUGAGAAUGGAACAGCAGAGCAGGCCCCAGUAUUGGGCUACCAUCAGUUGCAAGUAAAUGAAGGUAGUUAGGGUGAGGAGAGGAAACUUCAUUGGUGAAAUCCUUUAUUGUAGCACUGUGUCUUGCUUAGGAGUUUUAACACACUUGAAUUAGUGGAGAUCUGGUUGUUCUGAAGUAAUGGUCUGCAUUCACUGCAGUCUUUGGGCAAAGUGGUGAGUCUCUUGGGACCGGAGUGGUACGGCACAUUUUGAUGAGCGCAUUUUUGAUCUCGAGUUGUACAGCUGAGUGAGUGAAAAUCACAGGGCUUGCACUGGAAGUGUGUGUUCCAAAGCCAUACUUACUAAUGGCUAAUAAGCAUCCAAGGGUCUUUGAGUUUUCUUGGUAGCUAGCAGAUUAAACUUUGUCAUUGAAGACUGUAGUGAGUUUUUUAAAUUAGAAGUUUAAGAGAUCUAUUAAUUCACCAGGAUUAAUUUGGCAAGACUAAUUGCAUAUUAUUUGAUAUGUGUAGUUUAUAAGCCUAAAGUCCUAUU